AUGAAGGCAUUCUUCUGCGUAGCUCUCCUGGCCGCUGUGGCUCUGGCCGCACCUGAAGGCAAACGUGACAAACGCGGCUACCUAUCCUCUGGCUACCUGUCCUCCGGCUGGUUGGACUCCGACCUGAGCGCUUACUCCUUAGACCGUGGCCUCAGCUCCUACUCUUUAGACGGGCCUAUCAUCUCACACUCUAUCAUCUCGAAGCCUACGAUCGUCCACGAGCCUGCUGUCAUUAACCAGCCCACCAUUAUCUCCGUAAAGAAAGUCGUCGAUGUCCCUAAGGUGAUCUCAGUAAAGAAGAUCGUGUCCGUUCCCCGCGUCGUAUCCGUCCCGCAGGUGAACAGCCAUAUCUCCAGCUACGAGCCUGCCAUCUCCUCCGGUUGGUGCUCUAUACGAUGUUCCUUAGCCGCCACCGUCGCCGCCGGAGCUUCUGAAGCUGAAGAAUUGGCGAUGCCUUGGCGAAUGCGCGUGCAGUACAUCGCUCGACACUCGCCGCGGACGACAUGCAUGUGCUUUGCAGUCCUGGGGCCGAUGAUUCGGAGACAUACCGGCUACGGCGUCUACGCCAACGAACACCCGAGGCCCUACCGACAAGUUGUAUACGCGGCAAUUCCUUUACACGGACCUAUGAAGGUGCUGCACGUCCUGACCGCUAGACCUCUGUCCUAUGAACGAACAUACGAGUCGUCGGUCGAACAUCCUAUAUACGUGCGUGCUCCAUACCGCGACAAUGAUUACGCGCCGUCUGCGCACAACGAAUACGAGUAUACGGCACCUGCAUACGACGAGCGCCCAGCCUAUCUUGAGUCGUACCAUUAUGGUUCACAUCAGUUCGCAGCGCCUACAGCAUCGGCUUCAGACGACGACGUCAAGAUUAUAUACGCACGUCCGAACCCUCGCGGAGGCUUCACAUACCGCCGAAGACCCUCAAAAGCAGGUCCAAAAAGAACACCAGCCGUGAGUACCGAGGCGCCUGUCGUCAUCCGGGUGCACAGGAAAAAGAGGGCCAACAAGAGGCAGCAGGAGCUGCUGGUUGAGCGCCUCCAUAACAACCUAGAAGUGGCGAGAGGCAAUCAGGCAGAUCCAAGUACCAUGGAAUUUUAG